CUCCCGCUCUUUCCUACUAUUUGCUGCUCAUAUUUUCCCCCAUUAUUUCAACUCUUCAUCUCCCACUCACCAAAACCCUAGUAACUGCAAUUUCGAAUUUUCGGUGAGAAAUAUGAAAAGACACUAGUAUUUGAAGACACUAGUAUUUAAAGCUGGUGGUACUACUAUUGGAGGAUACUACGGGGCGGAAUUGUCGAAGUAGAGAGAGAAACGUGUUCAUCCACACUUUUACUUGGUGAAUGUUCAUGUGCUUAUUUGUGUUAUGGAGGGUGGAGAGGUGAUGGUGAAUGGUGGGACUUCAAAUGGGUAUGGAUGUGGCGUUCCAUGUGGAAAUGGGUUGGGGAAAUUAUGCAGCGAGAAUGGGUCGAGAGGAACCAGUGUUUCGGAAGACGCGAAUGGGAAUUUAGCUGAUGUGGUGUUGGAGGAUUGGGAGAAUUAUUGGGAAGACAUUAGUGAUCGGUUAAUGAUUUUGCCGUUGGUAAGUGAUUCUGUUAUCAAGGGAAUGGUGACUGCUGUGGAGCAAGACUGUGCUGAACGAAUUGCUGCGCAGGAACUGGAAAUGACUAGUUUGAAGGAGAGAUUGCAGUCUUAUGAGGUGGGUCUUGGUAAAUAUGAGGAUGUAAGGUUGCCAAUGGCUCAUAAAGAAUAUGAUAUUGGGAAAUCUUCUUGUUCAGCUUGUGUCUGCCAGAAACGUGAAAGUAUGAGGGAAGAAUUGAAUGGUUUAAGGAAUUUUGCGAGAGAGCAGUUCAAGAAGGCUGAAAAAGAGAUUGAGUGUGCUAUAAGAUCUAAUCUGGCCAAGAAGACCAGUUCGGGGUUGGUCGGCUUGGGUGGAAUAUUGGAUGAGAUGCAUUCGGGUAGCUGGGUUGAUGUAAAUAAUACGCUGCAAUGCCUAAAUACAAAGUUUGAUACUGUAUGCGAAAAGGUGGAUGAUCUAUUGUUCUGCUCCGAUAUCUCAUUUUGUGAAUGUCAGCAGGGUGAUAAAUUAUUAGCAAAAGUUCAGAAUGUAGCUACACAAACAAUGUUUACGAGUUCUUCAAAGGAGUUUGAGGAGAACAUGUUGAAACAAGAAUUUCAACUUUGUGGAAUACAAAACAUGGAUUGGCUUGAAAAGUUCAAUGAUGUAGCUUCUUUAGGGACCAAGUUGGAAGCAAUUCAGAAGUCACUCUCCAUGCCCGAAGCAGAGUUAGUUUCUCAUGGAUCUAAUGAUUUGGACAAUUUGCACCCUAAGGCUUUCGGCAACCACGUGACUCGGCCAACCUCACUUUAUGGAGAAAAUGGGACAGUGGAUGAACCAAAUGUCCAUGUUGCAGAGAGCUAUGAUUUUCAGCUGUUUAAACACAUGUCUAAAGAAGCAUUGGUGACUUAUUUUACUAACAGUAUUACUAAAAUUAAGAGAGAUCAUGAGUCAGAUCUACACCAGAUGACUGAUAUUUAUUUCAGUUUGAAACGGGAAUACCUCAAAAUGAAGGGGUCUUUCGUGGCAAACAUGAAAUAUGAAGAAUUUGAUGCACUAAGGAAAAAGAUUGCUCAAGUUAGUUCAAAAUUGGAGAACUUCCUCUCAGAAAAUGAACAAUUUCCUGCAUUGACCAAAAGUCUUCAGAGUAGGGAAAAUAUGAAGCAUAGACUAGAGAGUCUUCUAUCUGAAAAUCAUCACUUGAGAGGUUGUCUCAUUGACAAGGAAAAUGAGGUAAAGAGUCUAAAAGAGCAGGUUUCGAGUGCGGCUUCAGAAAUCUUGCAGCAUUCUUUGGCUGAGAAAAACCUUCUAAAGCUAGUGGAAAGCCUCCGGUGUGCUUUGAAAGAAUCAUGUAUAAAAGCUUCACUCGGUGAAGAAAUAUAUAAAUCUGUUCUCAGGGCACAGAUUGCACAGACCAGGCGCAGGUCUGUCGAUUUGGACAUGGAGUUGCUGAUAACUCGAGGAAUUUAUGAUAUCAUUCUGAGGGAAGCUGCUAUUCCUGUUGAAACUGCAAGCAAAUAUGGAAUUGAAGAUUCAGAUAUUGAAACAUUGUUAAUGCAAGGGUUUAAUGCAUUGCUAUUCACAGAGAUUAUCAGGGAUUCAUGGAAACAACUGGACAACUUGAAUCAGAAAGUUCUUAUCAAUGAAGAAAAAGUAGCUUGUUUGGAGAGAAAAUCUCUUGAAAAGGAAAAUGAGUUAAUGCUGGAGGUUGAGGAGAAGGAGAAAUUAAAGCAGGAGAUACAAGAUCUGAGACUUGCAAUGGAAGAUAAAGAGAAGUUAGAAAUGGAUUUGUCAUUGGCAUUGUCAAAAGAGAAGGAGCAGUUUGAGCUUGCUUUAACAGACCUUAUUACUGUUAGAGAAGAUGCUAGUCGGCAACAGAAGCUGGUUACUGAGAGCAAUAGAGACUUGGAAUCAUUACGGCUCAAACAUGUAGAAGCAUUAGAUCAGAUUGAAGUAUGUAAAUCAGAAAUAAAUAAGCUUGGUCAAAAGCUUUCUCAAACAGAAGCAGUGUUAACCAAAGCCGACAUAGAGAAAAGCGCAACAUUUACACGUAUCCAAGAAUUGCAUGAUAAGUUAUCAUUAAGGGAAACUAGGGAGACUACAAUAAAAAAGGAAAUGGAAAGGGCUGCCAACAGAUUCUCAAAACUCUUUUCUGAAUUUGAAUGGAGAGUAUCAGGGGCAAUAAAAAGCACUAGUUCAAGGCUGGAAGAUGCCAAUUCUCCAUUGAAAGCUAUUACUGAGAUGGCUAAUGAACUUAGAAGAUCUGAGCUGCUGUACAAACAGAAACUAGAAAGGGGAAAUACUGAUCUCAAAAUGGCUGAGUCCGAGGUUGAUCUCUUGGGAGAUGAGGUGGAUACCUUGUUGAGAUUGCUUGAAAAAAUCUAUAUUGCGCUUGAUCAUUAUUCUCCGGUUUUAAAACAUUACCCUGGGGUCAUUGAGAUUCUUGAGCUGGUCAAGAGAGAAUUAAGUGGAGAAUCUACUAGAAUGUUAUGAUAUACUCCAUGGCAAGAUCUCUUCCUAUAGAGACAGACGAUCCGAGCUCCUACAGUGUACAGCAACCGGGUAGUUGAACCAGAAGUUUACUAGGUAGAUAAGACAAGAGCCUUUUUUUGCAGCGUGCGAGGCCAAACAAUGCCUCUAGUUAGCCAUUUCUCAUCAACUUAUGUAAAUGAUCCCGUGUAAAUCAUAUGUUCGUUUAGUUCAAUUAAAUUAAGGAAGACUCACUUAUUUGUUCA